AUGAGCUCUACUAGUAGGAAUCCUUUACCCUGUUCAGCAGAAUCCAGGUGAGUAAGACUUCAUAUAUAUUUUAUAUAUAACGUUAAUAAUGUUUUUACUCUCCAUCUGCUAACAGUUACUUAUACUACUUUUAGUGAUGGAGAACAGUCUAUAUCAUCUCCCCCACGAAAGAGGAGACAGAAGUCAGACCCCUGUGCAGGAUGUGAUGGGAAGGCAUUGGAAGGCAAACCGCUGUGCUUAAACUGUUUCCAGAAGGUGGCCACUCCAGCAGCCGUAACACCCACUCAGUCACCAGAUAUCCUGACUUGGAUCCGACAGGAGGUGGCUCAGGGCAUCUCAGAGGCUAUGAAGGCAAGUAAUCGGUCCGUGAAAAGACCAAGACAGAGACUGGUAUCCUCAGAAUACCUGGAUUCAGCUGAAGAGUUUCAGGUUCUCGGUCAGAUUUAUUCUAGUGAGAACGAAGAAGAGGUCUUGUCGGAAUAUCUAGAUGCCAAGACGGUGGAUAAACUCAUCCUGAAGGUAAGAAAGACCCUUGAAUUACCAGAAGAUCUUCCUAAACCUGAAGUUUCUGAUAAACAUUUUGCGGAUCUUAGGAAGCAGAAGCCUUCCUUCCCUCUUCACAGAGCCAUUAAGGAGGUGGUUACCGCAGAAUGA